AUGAAUGAUGCCGUGCAAUGCCUGAGAAAAUGGAUUUUCAACGCCAACCAUGACCAACACCGUUGCCGAUAUGUGGUAACGCCUAACGUUGACCACACAGUGCUGCUAACAGAAAACUCGAAACUGAAGGGGGCCUACGAAGAUGCCGACUUGAUACUGGCGGACGGGCAUCCGAUUAUCUGGGCUUCCCGGCUGUUGCGCCGUCCGUUGCCCGAACGAGUGCCCGGUUCAGAACUCGUUCCGAAACUUUUUGAUUCGUACAAGAGAUCAGGGCGACUGCGGGUAUUCUUGCUUGGUGCAGCUGAAGGCGUUGCAGCUCAGGCUGCAGCAAAUAUGAAGCGUCAAUGGCGCAAUGUGGAAACGGUUGGCGUUUACAGUCCGCCUAUCGGAUUCGAAACGGAUCCUGAAGAAACCAAUUGCAUUCUGGGGCGCAUCAAGUUGGUCAAGCCAGACGUUGUAGUCGUCGGACUGGGUGCACCCAAGCAGGAAAUCUGGGUUCAUGAGAAUAUUGACCAGAUUGAUUCCAAAGUAGCACUUUGUGUGGGUGCAACGAUCGACUUCCUGGCAGGUGAAAAGAAGCGAGCACCUGUCUGGAUGCAGAAAUCCGGUGUUGAAUGGUUACACCGUAUGCUUUCAGAGCCGAAACGACUGGUGAAACGCUACGCCAAAGACGCGGUGAUCUUCCCGCGUCUUGUAUUCCGCCAGUGGAUGUCGCAACACGCCCAACGAAGCUAA